AUGACACCUCUUCCAAGACAUCCAGAGAUGCCCAGAAAACGCAAAAGCAGGGUAGUAAGUCAAGGUAUGAGUAUAGGACGUCUUCAGGGCGAGAAAAUUAUCUUGAUAUGCUACAACUGCAAAAAGCCAGGGCAUCAUUGGAAGAAUUGUAGGGAUCCCCCUGCGAGUGCAGUACCUCAUAUUACUUCUGCAGUUCCCGUCUGCUAUCACUGCAACGAGACGGGACACAAGAAGCCUGAAUGCCUGAAGUUGAAGACUGGUAAAGGAGACAGGGGUACAAAUCCUGCAAUUGCAUCAUCCUCUAAGGGAACCACUAUGGUGACACGAGGUCGUGCUCACCAGAUGACUGUGGAGGAGCCGGUGAUUACAACGACAGUGGCAGAAACUUAUUUGCUAGAUUCCAAGCCCGAUGUUGUUAUGUUUGAUAGCGGUGCUACCCAUUCUUUUGUAUCUCACACGUUUAUUAAUCGUUUGGGGCGUAGUAUCGGAAAAUUGGCUCACCCAAAGGUUGUCGAUGUUGUCGACAACCGCACUAUUUAUGUCACCGAUGUUUGUCGGGGUUAA